AUGUUCAUCGUCCCAGGCACAAACGGCCAGUGGCGGUCGACAGACUGCUCCAAGCAGCUUACGCAAUUUGGGGAGGUAGAGUUCGCAGCCGCAUACACCGAUAUGCGCUGUGGGGUGUUCAUUGAGCUUAAGGACCCCAGGCCUCUCACCCAAGAUUGGGCGACGGCCGUACAGAUCCUCCAGGAUCAAUGGCAGAGUUUCUGUAAGCGUCCCGAAUACCGUGAUCAGCUACUGUUCGGAGUUCUCGGCACUGAGGAUAUUUGUCGCUUCGAGUUCGGGAAGGUGAAGGACGAUGACGUCGAGGCGUUGAAUGCUUUCGGUCUCAAGUUUCAGAUUGGGCUUGAGACCUACCGCUUUGGGGUUUAG